AUGUUGGAUUGGCAGCCGGGCCAGAAGUGCAAUGCUGCAUUGCACCAUAUUGUCUCUCGUCAUCUUAAGAUCACGAGAGACGAUGAGGAUGAUGAGAUCUGCUUCUACAUCAACGGGAGGAACGUUGAGUUUACUCCGAGAGAUUUCGCUCUCGUGACAGGAUUGUCCUUUGGGGAUGAUCCUUUUGACCCCGAGGCUGAGCACGAUCUGAGUCGGGCUCAUACAUUUAGACAAUUUUGCCGCUCUCAACCGGUGUCAGUGCGGGAGCUGGCGGAUAUAUAUUUCGACACCGUCAAUCCAGUGGUUGACACCGACGGCGGGUUGUACCUCCGUGUGGCCCACUUGUUGGUGCUACACGCAUUUGUAUUAGGAGUGGACGUGCGCCGACCCGUGCAGUCCUGGACUUGGAAGCUGGUGGAUGAUUUGCCGACCUUUUCCAGAUUUCCUUGGGGAUCGUGCGCGUAUAGAAGCUUGAACUACAGGUUGAAGCACAGCACAAUCAAAAAGGAUUGUAAAAAGUAUCACUUCUACGGUCCUUCUUGGGCCCUAUUCAUUUGGGGUCCCUAUUUGGGCCCAGCCAUAGCCAUAUGCAAUGCGGGGGUUUACCCUAGAUUUCGGAGGUGGACGUUCGUGAAGACCAAGUUGGAUGGGUUACAGAGUUAUUUUGAGUCUCCGGAGAACGGGAUAUGGGAGAUGGUCCCCGAUGAGUACGAGGCCAAGACAUCUUACUGGCUAUCGGUGGCAGGCGUCAAUGCCAGGAUAGGGGUUCGAGUACCAGAGCCGGCAGUCUUUGGUCAUAGGCAGCCUCGGCAGCGCUACACUGGUGGGGACCACAACGAGGAUGCUCCUGAGCAUCAACCUCGGCGUCGCAGUAUGAGACAGGAUACUGGCAAGCGCCCGAGGGGACAAAUAGUGGACACCUCAUCGAGCAGCAGCCAUCACGAUCAGAGCAUUGGGGGCGAUCACCCCGUUGAUUCUGGUCGAAGGUCUCACAGUCACAGAGCCCCGAGGCCUAGGCACGAGGAUGCUCCUGCACCUUCACAGUGGAGCGAGGAGGAUUGGCAGCGCAUGCAGCACAUGAUGCGCGAGAGUGAGGAACGGGUAGCGAGGACCGUGGAGGACAGCCUGUUCAGGAGGAUUAAGAGAUAUUUCGAGGACAAGUUCGAUGCUAUGCGUUGCCGAUGCUCGCAUAGCACUGAUGUUCACGUGCCCAGACCUGCUCCACGAUCUCACUCUGACAGGAGACGCGAGCCCCAGCCCGAGCCCGACUCCGAUCCGGCGCAGCCUACAUCCUCAGAGGCCCCAUCGCAUCACCAAUCCCCUGCACAUGAGUCUCCUGCACGAGAGGUGGGACAGACUACUGGUGAUGCCAUGCACACCCCGCAGUGGCAGCAUGAUCCGUUUGGUGGCCCGACUAGUUUUGGGCAUGUGCAGACUCCGCACAUGGGUGUCCACCACAUGCCCACAUUCGAGGCGUCCAGUUCUUAUGGCGGGCCACGCUACUCGUGGGCUGAGCCGGGCACGAGUUCAGCAUACCCUUUUGAGCCGGCCCGUUCUUCGGCUCCGAUCCUGACUCAAGAUGAGAUGCACGAGUAUUGGAAGCAGUUUAGAGGGGGAGUUUCUGAGGCAGUUUCUGAGGCAGUAGCUGCUGUUCCCCUCAGUAUUUGUGCACCGGAGGCUCCACGCAGAAGUCGCCGAGAACGGAACCCGUCAACCCGUCGACUCACAGUAUGUUGA